GGGGAAUCAUCAUUAAACACACAUAUUCCCUUUGAUUCAAGGAAAAACAAAAAGGGUUAAAAGUGCAAUGAGAGAAGCUACAAAGAUUCUAGUGUUCCAUUUGGUUUGGUUCCUCUGCAUUCAUGUCCCUCCUAUGUUUUGUGCCAAUGUAACAUAUGAUCACAGAGCAUUACUCAUUGAUGGCAAGCGUAGAGUCUUCAUUUCUGGUUCUAUUCAUUACCCUCGUAGCACUCCUCAGAUGUGGCCAGACCUGAUUCAGAAGUCGAAAGAUGGAGGGCUUGAUGUUAUUGAGACUUAUGUUUUUUGGAACUUUCAUGAACCAGUUAGAGGCCAGUAUUAUUUUGAAGGAAGGGGUGAUUUGGUAAAUUUUGUAAAGUUAGUAGCAGCAGCAGGAUUAUAUGUACAUUUACGUAUUGGACCUUAUGCUUGUGCUGAAUGGAACUAUGGAGGUUUCCCUCUAUGGCUGCAUUUUAUUCCAGGAAUUAAAUUCCGUACUGAUAAUGAACCUUUUAAGGCAGAAAUGCAGAGAUUCACUGCUAAGAUUGUGGAUAUGAUGAAGCAAGAAAAUCUCUAUGCUUCACAGGGAGGACCUAUUAUUUUAUCUCAGAUUGAGAAUGAGUAUGGAAACAUUGAUAAACCCUAUGGUGCUGCUGGAAAAUCCUACAUAAAAUGGGCAGCAUCAAUGGCUACAUCCCUUAAUACAGGGGUACCUUGGGUCAUGUGCCAGCAACCAGAUGCUCCUGAUCCUAUGAUUAACACAUGUAAUGGAUUUUACUGUGAUCAAUUCACACCAAAUUCAAAUGCAAAGCCAAAGAUGUGGACUGAGAAUUGGAGUGGAUGGUUUCUUUCAUUUGGAGGUGCUGUGCCUUAUAGACCUGUGGAAGAUAUUGCAUUUGCUGUGGCACGUUUUUACCAAAGAGGUGGAACUUUUCAAAACUACUAUAUGUACCAUGGAGGAACCAACUUUGGCAGGACUAGUGGUGGACCUUUCAUUUCCACUAGUUAUGAUUAUGAUGCACCCAUUGAUGAGUAUGGUAUUAUUAGCCAACCAAAAUGGGGCCACCUUAGAGAUUUGCACAAGGCCAUUAAGCUUUGUGAAGAAGCACUUAUAGCUACAGAUCCAACAAUAACAUCUCUUGGUUCAAAUCUAGAGGCUGCAGUAUACAAAUCAGGAACUGUGUGUGCUGCUUUUCUUGCAAACAUUGGCACAUCAGAUUCAACAGCAAAUUUCAAUGGCAAUUCAUAUCAGUUGCCAGCAUGGUCUGUGAGCAUCUUACCAGAUUGCAAGAAUGUUGUGCUUAACACUGCAAAGAUUAAUUCUGCAUCUACAACUUCAAGCUUCAUAACUCAAUCUUUGAAACUGAAGGAGGAUGGUGGUGCUUUAGAAGAUUCUAGCAGUGAAUGGAGUUGGAUAAGUGAACCAAUUGGAAUUUCAAAGAAUGAUUCAUUCUCAAAAUUUGGAUUAGUAGAGCAAAUAAAUACCACUGCUGAUAAGAGUGACUAUUUGUGGUACUCAUUAAGCAUUGAUUUUGAAGAUGAUGUUAGUGCUCAAACUGUUCUUCACAUUGAAUCCCUUGGACAUGCCCUUCAUGCUUUCAUAAAUGGGAAGCUUGCAGGGAGUGGAAAAGGAAACAGUGGCAAUGCUAAAGUCAAUGUGGAUAUCCCCAUCACACUUGUAGCUGGGAAGAACACAAUUGAUCUCUUGAGUUUAACUGUGGGACUUCAAAACUAUGGAUCUUUCUUUGACACAUGGGGUGCUGGGAUCACUGGACCAGUGACAUUGAAAGGAUUGAAGAAUGGAACUACUAUUGACCUCUCCUCGCAGCAAUGGACAUAUCAGAUUGGUCUUCAAGGUGAAGACUUAGGUCUAUCUAGUGGAAGUGUUGGACAGUGGAACUCACAAUCAAACUUACCUAAGAAUCAACCCUUGACUUGGUACAAGACAAACUUUGUUGCUCCCUCUGGCAAUGAUCCGGUUGCAAUCGACUUCACUGGGAUGGGGAAAGGAGAAGCUUGGGUGAAUGGACAGAGUAUUGGAAGAUUCUGGCCUACAUAUGUCUCUCCAAAUUCUGGUUGUGCAACUUCAUGCAAUUAUAGAGGAUCUUAUAGUUCAUCCAAAUGCCUCAAGAACUGUGGAAAGCCAUCACAAACAUUAUACCAUGUCCCAAGAUCAUGGUUGCAAACAGAUAGCAACACUCUUGUGUUGUUUGAGGAAAGUGGAGGUGACCCUACACAAAUCUCUUUUGCUACAAAGCAGAUAGGAAGCUUGUGCUCACAUGUAUCUGAGUCUCACCCUCCACCAAUAGACAUGUGGAAUUCAGAUUCAGAAUCAGGAAGAAGAUCAGGGCCAGUUCUGUCACUAGAGUGUCCUAAUCCUAAGCAGAUCAUCUUCAAAUUCGCCAGUUUCGGAACACCUAGUGGGAGUUGUGGAAGCUUCAACCAUGGUAGCUGCAGCAGCAACAAGGCUCUAUCCAUUGUUAAGAAGGCCUGCAUUGGAUCAAGCAGCUGUAAAAUUAAUGUAUCAAUUGAUACAUUUGGAGAUCCGUGUAGAAGAGUAACUAAAAGUCUUGCUGUUGAAGCUUCUUGUACAUAGACAUUGUUGCUUCAUGAAGUACCUACCCUUCUUCAUAGCUUGGACAUGAAGGAUCUUAGAUUCUUAGUUGAAAGAUCAUGAUUACUGAUGAUUGAUUAGCCAAAUGUAAAAUGGUGAAUGAAAUAGUCUAAAUGAAAUAGUAUAUUGAAUGUAAUUCCAUCAGUUCAUGCCUUAUCUUAAAGUUUAUAUUAUUAUUAGAUUAUAUUUAUAAAUAGCA